AUAAGUACUGAACACUAACAUAUCUACAGACUUAAAUAGUCAUAUGUAUAUGGAUGCCCAGUGUAAGUGAUGGAUUCAGCACUCAACUGGUGGAUACUUAUUUCCUGUCUGAUCAAACAGGUGCAUUUGGAGCCUCACCUAUCAAAACAAGAUUUUGCUCUCUUGGCUAUGGAUGAGGACCCAAAAUGUUUUACUAGGGAUCUAGAAAGCUUUGCUUGCUUUUGGGAAGCACCUGCUGAAAAGUCCUAUUAUUUUUUCUACGAAAUGGAUGGAUUUGUUCAGACAAAAAGAUGUGAUGUGAAAAAACAAACUUAUGAGGAAAAGGUCCUGCAUAUUUGCACAUUCCCAUCAAGUGACGUCUUCAUGUAUGUAGAGAUUCACCUCAGAGUCAUAGACAGAGACACCAACACAACCAUCUACAAUCGCACUGUCAGUGUGGAGAAUCAGCAUCUUCCAUAUCCUCCAACAAAUAUAUCCCUUCAUCCAACUGGCGAGGUGGGCCAAAUGUUAGUUGAAUGGAAAAAACUAAAUAAGCCUCCAGUUUACCCGCAGUAUGAAAUUCGCUACAGCUCCAAAAACACAUCAAACACAGUUACACUGGUGUCAAAACACUCCCAUAAGCUUGUGUCUCUGGUCGCAGGAGAGAACUACACAGUGCAAAUGAGAGUCAAGCCUGAAGGUGAAUUGAAUCACUUUUGGAGUGGCUGGUCAAGUCCUGUCACAGCUAUGGUGUCACAAAAAGCAGGUGACAUAGAGUUGCGGUGCCACACUCCAAAUCUGCAUCAAGUAUUAUGCAAAUGGAGAGGAGAAUUAUAUGAUGAUGGCAGAUCCAGCUUCCACUUCAGACAAAUAAACAGAAGUUCAUGGGGUAGUUGGAAGUUGUGUAACAAAGACAACAACACUGUCCACCAGUGUGUCCUGUAUGGGCAAGAGUCCAGCGUCUAUCAGUUUUACCUCCGUGUUGGAUUGCAACCAUUUGGUCGAACGUUUUAUGCAGAGACUUUCAGAAUAAACCGCAACAUCCAGACAAGGCCUCCAGAAGGUCUAAAGGCACAGCCUGAAGAGGGACGUCUUUGUUUGUCAUGGUAUCCACCCUUUUUGAAGAUCUCUCAGUAUCUAAAGUACCAGAUCCGCUAUCAGCGUCAAGGAGAGAGUGAGUGGAAGGAUUUUACAACACCCAGUUCCAAGACCAGCACUUGUCUGGAUGUACACAGAGGGAGUCAAUACACUAUCCAAGUCCGAGCCCAACCCAAUGGAACGGUGUACAGUGGAGAAUGGAGUGACUGGUCGAAAUCUUUUACCGCCCUCGUACCUUUAGGCAAAGAGUGGAUUUUCAUUGUCUGUAUUCCAGUGGCACUGCUCAUCAUUGCUUUUGCAAUGAUCUUUUUCUUCUCCAGAUACUUCCGGAAGGUCAAGAAGACCUUGUGGCCAUCAGUCCCAAAUCUUAACAAGGUGCUGGAAAGCUUCCUGACUGAUAUCAGUGGAUCACAUUUGGAGCCAACCUUCAACAUUAAGCAAUGUGACGAUGACACUGCUACAUCAGUAUUGGAGAUUCUGCCCGAGAAAGAAACUUCAGUAAAAUCCUGUAAGAAGCCCACCUGUCAUACACUCCCUGAUCGUGGCUUCUCAGCUGGUGUAAAAAAUGGACAGAAUUGCAGAGAGGAUUUGGAGAUGGUUCAAGAUUAUGUCAUUUUGAAUAAUGAUAUAAUCCCAUGCUUUACGGGGAAUGACUAUGUGUACGGGGAUACUGCUUUAUCUCAUCUGGCUAGUGAAAAACUACACCGUUGCCCCAGUCCCUGUUCCACCACCUUCCGAGAAUGCAGCACAAAUAUUCUCAACCACUCCUAUCUCCUUCUAGCAGAACAGUCGGAUCUUGGAGAGUAUCACUCAGCCUGUCGCCGGUAUACCAAUAUGGAGAUCACAUCAAUGACAUAUGAUGCAAGUGGAGAGUGAUGUGUAAUUUGUUAUUAAGCAUGUAUAUAUUAGGUUUUGGUUGAAACCUUACUCACAAAUUCAAAGAUUCUGUGGAAUGAGAGAAGAUGCCUGUGAGAGCUUAAGGAACAGACAAGUUGCACCAUAAAACUUAUGUAUGCCAGUCUUCAUAGCUCUGAAGUCAAGUAUGUUCAGAGGAGAUUGUUCAAUGCAUGAACCUUAAUCAUCAGUAAAAGGGAAGUGCACUUGGGUUUCAUCAUACCACAAACCAAAACAUUGAGGAACAAUACCUAGAUGUGCCAAAUGUCAGAACACAUGGCUCGCAAAAGCCCUUAGAAGAUAAUAUGAAAGCAUAAUAUGAAUCUUAUAAACUGAAUAUUCGGGAAAGUUCUGGGUUAAAUACGACUUUAGUCUACAAAUAGAAAACGAAAAUCAAUGACAUG